UCUGGAUUUGAGCUUUCGUGGGCCAAAAUUCUAUGUGAAAAUUGCUCAAGAGGAGGCAGUUGCUUCAUUGAUCCUACUACCAAUUACAGUCACUUGUUACAACUUCUGCGAUUCCCAAAUCAAGUUGACAUUUCUAUGUGCCUUGGAGCUGAUUUACACGGAUGUCAUUUACUUGCUCACAAUCAUAGGAUUUAUUCUUGGAGCUAGAACAUUUUGUAGGAUGCUAUGCUUAUUCGCAUUUUUAAUCUAUAAGUUUCGGACAAGGCAUUUAUCAAUGUUUGAUACCAUUGAAGGUUUCUUGCAAAGUCAGAACAACCUCAUGCCUAUUAGGUACUCUUAUUGGAACAUUAAGAUGAUGACCAAAGGUUUCAAGGACAAGUUGGGGGAAGGAGGCUUUGGUUGUGUAUACAAAGGAAAACUUCGGAGUGAUCAUAUUGUGGCAAUAAAUAUAUUAAAUAAGCACAAAGCUAAUGGCCAAGAUUUCAUCAAUGAAGUUGCUACCAUUGGAAGAAUUCAUGAUGUCAAUGUGGUAAAACUAAUCGGAUUUUGUGCUGACAGAUCUAAGCGUGCUCUUGUCUAUGACUUCAUGCCUAAUGGGUCUCUUGAAAAGUACAUUUUUUCCCAAGAAGGAAAUAUCUCCUUGAGUUACAAGCAAAUGUAUGAUAUUUCUCGUGGCGUGGCCCGUGGGAUUGAAUAUUUGCAUCGGGGUUGUGACAUGCAAAUUUUACAUUUUGACAUCAAGCCUCAUAACAUUCUUUUAGACGAAAAUUUCACUCCAAAAGUUUCCAACUUUGGGCUUGCGAAAUUGUAUCCAACAGAUAAUAGCAAUGUGUACGUGACUGCAGCAAGAGGAACAAUGGGCUACAUGGCUCUGGAAUUGUUCUACAAAAACAUUGGACGUCUUUCCUACAAAGUUGAUGUUUAUAGUUUCGGAAUGUUGAUGGAAAUGGCAGGUAGAAGGAGAAACUUGAAUGCAUUUGCUGAUCAUACAAGCCAAAUUUACUUUCCUUCUUGGGUUUAUGACCAAUUUAAAGAAGGGAAGGACGUGGAAAUGGGAGAGAGCACAGAGGAAGAAAGGCAGAUGAUAAGAAAAAUGAUAAUAACAGCGUUAUGGUGCAUACAAAUGAAGCAUGAUGAUCGUCCUGCGACGAAUAAAGUUGUAGAAAUGCUUGAAGGAAAUAUUGAACUUGUGCAAAUGCCUCCGAAGCCUUUCCUAACUCCUCAAGAGAUGCCAACUGAAGAUAACUGAAUGAACCCCUUUCCUAACUCCAAUAAUUUGGAAUGAUAAAUGUUGUGCAUGUACUGUAUUAAAGGGGGAAAAAAAUAUCACAUCCUCAAAUAAUAAUAAAUUAUAUUGGUUUGACACUAUUUCUUGAGAAGACAAGUUCCAUGUGCUAGUGGAAGAAUGCUCAAAAUAAGGAGUUCCAUGUGCUAGUGGAAGAAUGCUUAAAAUAAAUAAA